CAUGAGACAAAUGCCACAAUAAAAAGCAAAAAAACACCAAAAAUUCCAUUUUUAUCAGAGUGGGUCUUUAGUAGCUCAUUUUCACCUAUAUUCACCACACGCAGACUUUCAUGGUGACAUGCUGUUCUGCAGCUCCUCUUUCAGUCUCUAGGUUCUUAUCUUUGCGAAGAGGGAAUGUUUUUGUUCUUGUCACACGCAAAAUAAACCGCUCAGAUAAAACAACUUUGUUUCAACUCUUCCGGGGGAAAAUAAGGUACCUUCGUGCUCCGAUGAAGUGGAAAAAAAUAUGUUUGUGACAGAAAAUCUGCUUGCACUUGGAGCCGGCAGCUGUCCUUUUUGAUACUCGGCACUCAGACGGCUGUCAGACUCUCGGUAAACAUGUGCUGAGAGGUGAUGGACGGGGCCUGGCCUCCUCCUGCUCCUAUCGCUCCCUGUUAGCACUUCUCCUCCUACCCUGUUUCUCGGUAAUCACAGCUGACAAGGGAAAGGCAGCGUCUCGUAUAUGCCAUAGAGUCACGCUGACCUGUGUCGGUUCAGGAGAGCGAACACGGGAGAGAGGAUGGAGGGGGGGGGGGGGUAAAGACGACGUGUAGGGCUGCAGCAUUACAGGCCACUUUUCUAAAACAAUAUUCUAUCUUCAUGUGAGAAGACCAGGUGUUGGGGAACAGGUUUUAGAACAUGGAUUGAUGCAGGUCUGCAGCAACAAAUGGAACUGGAAUUGCAUGAAAUUUAUUUGAAAUGAAACAACAUGGAUGUAGUAUCUACCUUAUUAAGGUGUUUGUAUUCCCAAGGGGGACUCACAUGUGCCACACAUGUACUAAUCCACUAAUCCACCCUGACAACCUGCAGUGCUAAAACAUUAAUGCAAACCUCCCAACAUGAUGUAAUCCAUCAUCAGUGACACUGAAUGUGGGAUGAUGGAUGAAUAUUUCAACUUAACCUGGGGGUGAAGAAACCCUAAGGGUCAAGUUGAGGGAUGAACCCUUUAGAAUUCAGCAAUUUUCAACAAAAGAAUGGUUUGGAUGCGACUAGAAAAUUAAAUGUUUCCUUUGGUGUUUUCCAUUAAGUUAGUUAGUUUGCUUUUGAACUAUUUAGUAUCCAUUUUUAAAAUAUAUGGGAGGAAGUAUGAUAACAAAUUUCAAAAAACAAUCUUGAUCAGUGAGGACGAUGCCUGCAGGGUUGGCUGAGGGGGAUUUGGGGGGUUUUCUGCUGCUUCCCUGUGUGUAGCAGGAACUCGGGGGUGUGAAUGAGCUGAGGCGCAGGGCUGGUCAGAGAGCUGGUGACAAACUGCUUGGAUUUACCCUUGAAAACCUCGCGUAGAGUCACUCCGAUCCCACCGCUGCUUUCAUUCUGGGAAGUACUGGAGGAACCGAGAAGCGGACGGACAAAUUGUUUAUGUCCUAAUGGUAACUCAGACAGAGCGGGGCGUUUUUUUUUCCCUUCUGGAAGGUGAGCUGUUGUUGCACAGAGCGGACCGUGGAGGAGCCACAAAGCCAAAAGAAUGACAGAAGUGAAGGAAACAGCGCGCUACAAGGAUCGACGAAGCGUUGCGCGUGAGCACAAAGAAGCAGUGCCCUAGAUCUGCAAAGCAUCCAGUCGUCCAAGCUCCUUUCAAUGCAGUCAGUUCCUCACCCAGCAUUGGCAAGAUAACAACAAUAACGCACCCACUGGAUGUAUGUGUUUGUGCGUAAAUGGGGACAAAUGCGCGCUCUGGUCGCGUUUUUUUGGUUCAAUAAACCAUGUUUUUUCUGUCACUAACUCUUGUCCUGUCCCACACUGCUAUAUCCUUCAAAGACUUCCUCAUACUUCAAAUCUACCAUGAGUGAUGGCGCUGCCGACAGAGUCCUACAGUACCGGUGCGCAGAGCAGCUCGUGUGAGAAAGGCUUUAGCGCACCGGAUUGCAAUGGUUAUGUGAAAACACGUGCUGUCCCACUGAGCCGUAACCGCCACCAUGAGACGUGGGUGAGGCCAAUGUGCACGAGGAUAUGGAGCUCUCGGAGACUUGCGAGCGCAGUGUGCGUGGGGACGCUCUCCGUGUUUGUCGCCGCGCUGGUCAAACGCGCAGAGUGGAGAGCUGAGGCCAGCAGCGGCGCUGACGGCGCACUCUCCCAGGCUCUGUCCCCCUUGCUCUUAGUUGCAGGCUGCGCGGCAGAGCUGCUGCAAACUUGCUGGAGCGCGGUCUCGCUGCUGUUCACUCUUGUUUGUGCCUUCUUCUGGGUCGGUGUGUACUUCAUCCGCUGCGGGGUGCUAAUCCAGACCGCCCUCUCCCUGCUGACCUUGUGCCACCUGGGCGAGGUGGCGGCGUGGUCUUUGCUGGAUGGGACAGAUGAGCAUCUGUUUUCUUUCACCACAGCGGCCGCGCUUGUGCUCGUCUGCCUGGCCGCGGGCGCACUCAUGGUAGCGCGGCUGAACCAGGGCAUCUCGGUGAUCGUUUUCAUCAGUGUCGUUCGGACCAUCUCACUGCUCUCGCUGCAGAAAGUGCGGGCCACUUGGAGACCAUACGUAGCGUACCUGGUUGGAGUGCUGGGCAUCCUGCUGGCGAGGUAUGCUGACAAGCUCCUUCCUAACCAAGGGAGACACAAGGAGGGCUGCACCCCCGUGACUGGAUCCAGGGAAGAGGUCCCUGUAUUUAAAAGGCGCAGGAGGUCCAGUUCUGUGAUCGCCUCAGACAUGGCACACAGUCAGCCCAACAGUAAGUCCCAUCGCAGGACAUCUCUGCCGUGCAUCCAGAGGGACCAGAUGCUGUCCCGCUCAGACUGGGACCACAAGAGGGGCUCCCGAGGAUCCCAGUCAUCAGGCACGACGGUCAUGGUGGACAUAGCAGUGAUGGGGGAGGCUCAUGGACUGAUCACAGACCUGCUGGCUGAUCCCUCUCUGCCACCCAACACCUGUACCUCCCUGCGGGCCGUCAGCAACCUGCUAACCACCCAGCUCACCUUCCAGCCACUGCACCGACCACGCCCUGCCCCUCUGCUGAACCCGAACGAUGCCUACACCUGCUCUGACUCAGAGGAGGGGCCUGAGAAGGGAGAGAAAACAUCCAUUCACAAGCGUCUCAGGCGAAGUCUCCACCCGGGUCUUUUGAGGAGGAUCUCCUCCACCUGGACGACCACCACUUCAGCCACAGGACUGCCCACCAUUGAGCCUGGGCCGGUCCGGAGAGACCGCAGCGCCAGCAUCAAACCUUACCACGAAUCCCUCACCUGCAGUUGUGGGAGACCAUAUAUCAGACUGAGCCAUGGAGAGGGGUCUGUCGAUAAGGGAGACAGAAUACCACGGUCAGAGGACCAAGUGGUUGUAUCUUCAGACUACGACAGCGCGCACGAAGCCAACCAUAGUGACAGCAGUGAUGUAGCACAUACAGAGGAGGACACAGAGGAAGGGAAAAACUCCCAAAAUGUCAUCCUCCAUACAUUAAUACCUUCUGAGGACAAACCAAUUCUGGCCCCAGAGCCAUUAUUGAUGGAGGGCCUGGAUCCUUUGCUUGAUCAGCUGAACAGUUGGAACUUCCCUAUUUUUACCAUGAUGGAGAAAACGAAUGGAAAACGUGGACAAAUCCUCAGCCAGGUUUCUUACAAGCUUUUUGAAGACACCGGCCUGUUUGAGACCUUCAAGAUCCCAGUGAAGGAGUUCAUGAACUACUUCCAUGCCCUGGAGAGUGGUUAUAGAGACAUACCAUAUCACAACAGAGUCCACGCCACAGACGUGCUCCAUGCGGUCUGGUACCUCACCACGCAGGCUGUGCCCGGGCUGCCCAGCCUCCUCACAGAUCACGGCUCUGCCAGCGACUCAGACUCUGACAGUGGAAUAACACACAGUCACAUGGGCUUCCUGGUUUCUAAGACCUACACUGUGUCAGAGGAUGGUUACGGCUGCCUGUCCAGCCUCAUACCCGCUCUGGAGCUCAUGGCCCUUUACGUGGCGGCUGCAAUGCACGACUAUGAUCAUCCAGGGCGGACGAACGCUUUCCUCGUGGCGACCAGCGCCCCUCAGGCGGUGCUCUACAACGACCGCUCGGUUCUGGAAAACCACCACGCUGCUUCAGCCUGGAACCUCUUCAUGUCACAUCCUGAGUACAACUUUCUCGUCAACCUUGACCAUGUGGAGUUCAAGCGUUUCCGUUUCCUGGUCAUAGAGGCCAUUCUGGCCACCGACCUAAAGAAGCACUUUGACUUCCUCGCUGAAUUCAAUGCCAAGGUGGGAGAUGAUCCAACAAACGGCAUUGAUUGGUCCAAUGAAAAUGACAGGUUACUGGUCUGCCAGAUGUGCAUUAAACUUGCAGACAUCAACGGCCCUCUGAAGUGCAAGGACCUGCACCUGCAGUGGACGGAGGGCAUUGUUAACGAGUUCUAUGAGCAGGGCGAUGAAGAGUCGAGCUUGGGCCUUCCUGUCAGCCCGUUCAUGGAUAGAAAAGCACCGCAGCUGGCCAAACUUCAGGAAUCCUUCAUCACACACAUUGUUGGACCCCUUUGUAACUCCUACGACUCAGCUGGACUCAUUCCUGGAAAGUGGGUGGAGCCCAACCCAGAUGAAGAAGAUACUGAAGCUGCAGAGAAUGAUGAGGAUGAGGAGGAUACCGUAGAGGAAGAUGCAUCCUCCAGCUCAGAAGUUUCAGAAAAAGCAACUCUAAAGAAGAGGAGGAAAGUAUUCUGCCAGAUCACCCAGCAUCUUCUAGAGAACCAUGAGAUGUGGAAAAAGGUGAUCGAAAAGGAGGAAGAGGAGGCCCAGAAUGCGGGCCAAGGGACCGAUUCUGUCCAUUUAAACAAUGUAUCUGAACCUAUUCUGGUUAUUGAUGAGGAGGAGGAAGAAUCAGGAAGCAAAGAGGAGCAGGUGGAAGGAGAGCGACCAGAGGAAGAGGUAGAGGAACCUGGAUUGGCCGUGUAAGGGAUUGGCCGAGAAAACUCAAAACCUCAAGAGGAACUGAACGAGGGAGAUCCACAGUGAAAGAGCAACAGACAGAAAACGAUGUGAAAAAGUAUUACUUUUGUUUCUUUUUUUGUUUUGUUUUUUCAAACCAGUCAACUGACUCCUAUUUCUGCCAGUACGUUACUUAGACACAACACUGUAGAUGUUUGGAAAAUGCGUGCCUAUACAGAAAAACAAGAAGACAGGGUCGGAUUUCUUGUGCUUUACACAUUUAAUCGAAUUAUACAGAUUCAUAAGAGACUUUCUUUACUGCAAUAAUGAAUUAUUUAUGGUCUUUGGGAUGAAGAUGUUGUAAUACAAGCCUGCAUACAUUUGCUGCCAAUUCACAGAUCAUUUUAUUUGAUUGAGGAUAUACAUAGAAAUCACAGUUAUUUGUGUUCAAAUUUAAUGUUUUUUUAAGGCUAAAGCGGGCCUGAGUGUACUUUUGUUUCUCCAUUUCCCUUUUGGGGCUAUAAAGGGAGUUAAUUAGCUGAGGAACAAUCUUCUUUCAACCUGUGACAAAAAUUACACAGGUGGGCUAAAAGCAUCCAAAAUUAAACAUUUAGUCAAAUUUUAAUAUAUGGUGUCAGUGGUGAAUUAAGACCUUCCGUCCAUUGAGCCAUUUAUUCUAAUCACAUGUAGUAAGUCUCCUCACAUGUUUUUUUAUGUUUACUCCAUCAUGUUGCAACAGAAAAAGAAGUUACCAUAAAUAGGACAUAAAAAAGUUGUUUCUAUGAGAUUUAGAUUUAAAUAUGUAUCCUGAAGUUUCAAAUCCAGUGGAAUAUUAUCCCAAAUUACUUAAAUCGUGAAAAGUCUAAUUUAUGAGUCUACUCAAACACUAGAAUUUUGAUCCCAAAAUGAUAAUCCAUUUGAAAAAAGUACCAAGUUUUUCGAUGUUAAAAACCUGCCUCAAAUCAUAAAUAAGCAUACAAUCACUUUGAAUUUUGUUUAAUAACGUUGAAAUUUAGUGUAUAACCAACAAACAAAAGGUUCAAGUAGAGAGUGAGUACAGCAAAAA